AUGGCUGAUUCAGUCGCGAUCUAUGCGCUCGGCAUAAUCACAAACAAGCUCACAAAGUUAAACAGACAAAGUGUGGAUGCGAACACCCAGCUGAACGCGUUCUGGGCGCCAUUCCUCUUGUUACACUUAGGAGGCCCCGACACCAUAACAGCAUAUGCCCUGGAAGACAAUGAGCUCUGGCUGAGGCACUUGUUGGCACUAGUCACCCAAGCAGGAGUGACAUUUUAUAUCUUCCUGAUGGCGUGGACCGGCCCGAAUAUAUCCAUCCUCGCCAUCAUUAUGAUUCUUGCUGGGCUCGUCAAGUAUGGCGAGAGGGUUUAUGUGCUCUGGGCCGCCAGCAGUGAGCAGUUCAGGGACUCCAUCCCCGACCCACCUCCUAAAUUUUCCAAGAUAUUGGAGCAGCAUAAGUUGAUGGAGGCCGAGGGCUAUGAUGUCAUACCGCACGUGGUGAUCGAGGUCCGUGAUGCGACUGUGGAAAACACUGUGGAUGGUGCCAAUCUCUCGUCUCCGGAGAAAGACCUCAAUCUGGAGCAACGUUAUAAGCAUCUCCUGCUGAGUUCCGAGGAUCGUGACACAAGUAGGUCGGUGCUCAAGGAUAAGAAUUUCCUCGCAGUCUUCAAGAUCAUUGAGAUUGAAUUGGGAAUCAUGUACGAUUUGCUCUACACAAAGGCCAAGGCAAUCCAUACUAGCUGGGGCUUGGCUCGUCGCAUAACUGGAUUGGUUUCAAUCUGCAUCGUAUUGGUACUCUUCAUCCUGAUCGAGGAUCCUAAUUACUCAGUGGCUGAUCUUUGUUUGACCUUUGUACUGCUAGCGGUGGCCAUAUUCCUGGAGAUUUAUGCUUUGGUUUUUCUUCUUUUCUCUGACAAGACGGCUUGUUGGUUGAUUAAGGAAAAGAAAUUUGCAGUCUUGGAUUUCAUCAAUUGGUUGCAACCGCUGACUAAACGGCACCGAUGGUCGGAUCACAUGGCUCAAUACAGCCUAUUGAGCUUUGCAAUUAAAGAGAAGCACCUCCCUUGCCAUCAGAUCCUCGAAUUUCUGCACAUUGAUGAGGCGGUCGAGAAACUCCUCUAUAAGCAUCACAAGAAAGUGACCGAAGAGAUAAAAAUCUUAUAG